AUCACAUGGACGAAUUGUGAAAGACACGUGUUUGUAUUAACGCGAGCUGUCAAAUCGACAAAUGCUGUGAACAGAGCAACUUGUACUUAACGACAGCUCCCACAACAUACUGUAAAUAGUACAGAUUGGAUUUAAAUAACGCAAGAUGUCGUCAUCUCAUAUGCCAGGGAGAAUUAUCCUUAUUCUUACAACAUUUGUAUUCUAUUUGGUAACCAUUGUUAUAAAUGCGCUGUCAGCAACAGGGGGUGUGGGAUUAGGUUUAUUUAAAAACACCACUGGAGAUAUUUCUGAUGCUUACUACCUAGAAAUCACACCUGCGGGUUGGACAUUCAGUGUUUGGGGUGCCAUUUAUAUAUGGCAAGCAUUAUGGUUGAUAUAUGGACUAAGUACCAUAUGUAGGAUGCAGGAUGGCCACUAUCUAUAUACCCUCGACUUCAUGCCCCCAGCUGUCUAUGCGAUCUUUAUCAUAAAUCUAUGUUGUAACAUAGUUUGGCUGUUUCUUUGGGAUCGUCAAUACCUAAUCGCAGCCUUGUGCCUCAUCGCCAUGACACCCUUCACUUUGUAUUGUACCCUCUACUUCAGUUUUUCACGUCUCUAUCGGAAUUUGAGCUACAUGACAAAACGCGCAUUAGGCAAGGACGUCUGGCUGGUACGACUUCUGGUUCAAAAUGGCAUGGCGUUCUAUGCUACCUGGACAUCCGUUGCUACAUUACUCAAUUUUGGUAUGGUCUUAGCGUAUAAGGCUGAUCUGGAACAGGAUAUCGUUUCCACAGCUAUGCUGACCAUCGUAUCGGUAGAGGUUGUGUUUUGGUUUAUUUCGGAUAUUGUACUCUUUGAUAAAUACACAAGAUAUAUCUUCAGUCCUUACAUCAUGCAAGUUAUAGCUUUCUCUGGAGUAGUGAGCAGAAACUAUAACCUGGAUACCAUGUACCGAAACUCCAUCUUCAUGCUAACGCUGCUGAUUGUAGCUGCCGUACUGUUGGUUCUCAAGGUACUCAUACUCUUCUUCCGCCAUUUUACCUCCCCUAUCACACCAAAAGACAACAACUAUCCUACAUCACUGGUCAAUUUGAAGAUUUAAAUUGAAGUCCACAAGGAACCGUGAAGUUCAAACCGUGGAACAUUUGUUCUUUUCGGAGAUUCGAAUAUUUUUUAUGAACCAAAAGUUUUUAACAAUUGGGUUUAUUUGCCCACCAAACUGAAAUUGGAUACUCUAGAACUGUUUCUUGUGUUUGUGUCUUGUCCGCUUGUUUAUCUUAAAGGAUUCUAGUUUUUUCGAUCCGCCUUCACAUACUAUGGAAACAACAUAACAACCACGUUUCAGAUCCGAACUGAGAUAACACAGAAUGGAUCAUAUUGAUAAUAAUAGUAUGUGUUGGUUUAGUGCAGCCAGCUAAAUAUAAAUGAGGAGUGAAAUAAUCCCUUACUCGGACUAUAGCUAGCAAUCAUCUCCCCUUUGACUUCAAUGAAAUGAAAUGAGGUUUAACGUUAUACUGUUCUACCCCGUUAGGGCUAGUGGAGACGGACCUUUGACUUCAAUGUUAACUUCUUGAUAUUUCUUAGGCUGUAACAUUUAAAAACAAAAAAAAAUCUUUAUAACGACAAAGAGCCCAACAUCUCACAAUCGUCAUAUAAAACUAUUGCAGGGGGGGGGGGGGUAGAGGGUGGUCAUUUCGAAUUUUAGCUAGGUCAAAGGAUGAAUAAGCAGUGGCAUCGUGUUAGUAGUUGAUUACCCUACUUCAUCUUUGGUUACUUCCUGGUCCUUCUGCCGUGGAUAUUUACCUAAACCUGGCAGAAAAUUCUUCGAGUCUACAGAGAUCAUAUUUUCUUUGGGAUGACCGCUUUCUAUAAGGCAGUAAUAUUUGGCUCCAUGGUUUGUAUGAGGCUGUCGGUAGAAAAUGUGAGAUACACUAGAAUUACUAUAUUUCUUUUCAUCAUUGUAAAGAAGGGAAAGUGGAAUAUAACGUCUAUGAAUGAAUACACAUUCGGAGUCAAUCGUUGUGAAUUAUUUUGUGGUCUGGAUGCAUCUCUUUCAAUGGCAAAUGAAUCCUUUCCUUCUUAGAAUACUUCAUUUGAUAAAAUACCUCAUUGUUUAUAUCCAAUAAUAAUAUUUAUAAAAAAGAACGAAAUUACUAAUGAAUUAAUAUAAAAUGUAACUUUUAUUUAAUUUACUCGAUUUUAUUUUGCAAUUUUCUACUCAUUAAUAAAUUUUUAUAUUUUGUUA